AUGUCUACAGAAGCGCCUGCGAGUCACAGCAGCGAGCUCGUGGAGCUCUCAAAUGCAAUCUCGAAGCAUUCUGCUAUUAUUGAUUCUUACAACCUCAAACAUGGCAUCCCUUCGGCCACUUUUGAGCCAGCAGACACUGGCGCCGAGGUAGAUUAUCCAAAGGACAUUGCCCAUUCGAAGGAUACAGUCCUCGACGCCACGGCCAAACUCAACGACCUCUUGACAGGACCCAGAGGUCUGGUGUCCAAUGCAGGGUUUCCGUCUCUGAUCAAGUUUGCUACGCUACGGUUCAUUUACCGGUUCAGAUUGGUCGAAAAGGUUCCUCAAGGCGGCGAGAUUAGCUACGCGGAGCUGGCUGCACAGACAGGCCUACGUGCUGCGACACUUCGACAGCUUCUGCGUGCAGCCAUGACAUAUCAUAUGUUCGCCGAGAAGCGGGAGGGCUACGUCUCGCACUCGUCUGUAACUCAGCUUUUGUUGACAGACACGGUCCUUCACGACUGCGCUGGCUUCACAACCGAGGACAUGAUACCCGGAUUCUUGGGCGUAGUCGACGCUUUGCUCGAGCAUCCUGCGGCUGAUGAUCCUUCCAAAAGUGGAUACAUGGUAGCUCAUGGAGUCAGUGAGCCUUCAUUCUACCUGCACCUGGCGAAAGACCCAGAGAAGAUUCGACGCUUCACACACUGUAUGAGCCAGGCUAUAGCUGGGCCUCCAUGGUCCAUGGAUCACCUUACUGACAACUUCCCUUGGGCUGACUAUGGGUCCGGGACAGUCGUCGACGUAGGGGGUUCCACUGGGCAGGCCGCAUUCGCCAUCGCCAAGAAAUUUCCCAACCUGAAGCUGAUUGUUCAAGACAUGGGAGAUGCCAAUUCCGCGCAUGAGAAUGCCGACGGGGCCAAUGUCUCUCACAUGGUACACGACUUCUUCAGCGAGCAAUCCGUCACCAAUGCAGACGUUUAUCUGUUCCGCUCCGUCUUGCAUAACUGGCCGGAUGCUCAAGCGAUUGAUAUUCUCAGGGCUCAGCGAGCGGCUCUCAAGGACGGCGCGAGAAUCUUGAUCAUGGAUGAGCUCAUGCCAGCAAUGGGGGAGAUGACUCUCACCCAGGAACGCACCCAAAGGCUUAUGGAUCUGGCCCAGCUGGCGCUCGGUAACUCYAAGAUUCGAGAUGAGCAGGGCUGGAGGGAGCUUUGCAAGGCAGCAGAUCAUCGAUUCGUGGUGGAGAACGUGAUACGCCCUGUGAACUCUCAUCUUGCCUUGAUAGAGGUAUCUUGGCAGUCGUAG